AUGAUCGACAUCGGGAUCCUCAAGCAAACACUCACCACCGAGCAAGUCCUCGAACCGGGGACAGUGCAAUAUGAAAAAGCCGUGUUCAUCGGCAAUCUCAACUAUCGGUUCACGACCCCAGCCGUGGUAGUCCAAGCCAAGUCCACAAAUGAUGUCGUCUCCACCAUCGACUUUGCCCGCGAGAACGCCCUGCGUCUGACCGUCAAGAACGGCGGCCACUCAUACAUGGGUUACUGCCUGAACCAGGGCGGCAUCGUCCUCGACCUCAGCCUCAUGAACACCUGCCACGUCAACUACGACAAGAUGAUCAUCCGCAUGGACGGCGGUCUCGUCUGGAAGGAUGUUUACUACAAGUACCUCAAGGACAAGCGCAACAUCGUCAUCGGCGGCCAGUGCCCGACUGUCGGCGUCAGCGGCUUCACUCUCGGCGCGGGCCUCAGCCCCUUUUCGCGGAGCUACGGCCUCGGCUGCGAUAACCUGCUCGAGAUGACCAUCGUCACAUGGAAGGGCGAGGUCGUCACGGUCUCGAGGGAGGACAGGGACGAGGGGAAGCGGGAGCUGUUUUGGGCGCUGGCCGGUGGCGGCGGCGGCAACUUUGGGGUGACGGUCAGCCUGACGAGCAGGAUGCACAAGCUCAGGGACGACGGGGGCAAGGUGGUCUGCGGGCAGCUCCAGUGGAAUCUCCCGCAGCAGAAGGACGACUUUGAGAAGAUGAUGGACGUCUUUAACAGCAACGAGUGCCCGUCCGAACUGACCAUCGACGCGCUGUGGUCCCAUACCAAGAAGAAACAACUGACGGGCGGCAUGACGGUCAUUUACAAUGGCGGCAUGAAGAACGCGCAAGCGGCGCUGACGCCGUUGCUUGACUUUCAGCCCGCCGUCAACACCCUCAAGGAGAUGGCCUGGACGGACUGGGUGCACCAGUCCGAGGGCUGGGACCCCAAGAGCCAAGUCUACCACCACCACGCGUCCUUCAUCUUCGCCGAGGGCGCCGUCACGCCGCAGCUCGCCGCCAAGAUCUCGAGUCUCGUCGAGCAGGCGACCCGCGUGGUGGGCAUCACGGACGACAACGCGGUCAACGACCCAAAAUGCCACAUCUUGUGGGACCACAUCGGCGCCGAGACCGAGGCCGUCGCGCCGGACGCGACGCCCUUCCCCUGGCGCAGGGGCCACUACGUGACCACGAUCAAGGUGCAGUGGACGGACGAGAGCAAGGCCGACGAGAUUAUGAGGUUCGUUUGCAAGUGCAAGGCCGAGCUUUUGCCCUACGCGAUCGACCAGAAGGCGGCGUACGUGAAUUACAUUGACGGUACCGUUCCCAACUGGCAGGAGGCGUACUACGGGCACAACUACCCGCGGCUGCAGAGGAUCAAGACGCGGUGGGAUCCGGAAAACUUCUUCCGGAACUGGCAGUCUAUCGAACCUUUGGCGGACGGCCGCGAGACCGUGCCCAUUCAUGAUGUGGUCGCCGUGCCUAGCGUUGGCCAAGUCAGGAGUCUCCCGCAGGUUCAGAGGGUGGAGAAGUGGUGGAAGGAAUGUGCGCCGCUCGUCACGCCGGAGGAUUUGGGCUCGCCCCAGACGGACGCGGAGGUCUUUGAGAUUGAGGCUGAGCUGCGCAAGAGUGUCCUCGGGAAAAUGUUCCAGAACGGAAGCCAGGUAGCUUCGUAG